AUGCACACCAAUGCUGUUUCCUUAGAUACAUACGCUUUGUGUACCACUUUGACCGCUUCAUCUAAACUCCAACACUUCAAUUUUGGAAAACGGAUACAUGCCCACGUGACCAAAUCUGGUUUCUUUUCUAGUGUCUUUGUCACUACUGCUCUUAUUCAUUAUUACUCUAAAUCCAUUAAUGUGAAAGAUGCAGCUCUCGUGUUUGAUGAAAUUCCUGACAAGAAUAAUGUCUGUGCAAAUGCACUUUUGUCUGGUUAUUCUCAGGCUGGGCUAUGGAUUAAGGGAGUCCAAUUGGUUAGGAAGAUGCCUGUGUUGAAAUUGAAGUAUGAUCACUUUACGUGCUUGCACUGGAUUAUCAGUGCCUUGGUUCAGAUGUAUGGAAAAUGUGGAAUGGUAGAGAAGGCUAGGCUGGUUUUCAAGUUGGAUGGAAUGCAGAUUCAAAAUGAAACAACUAGAGACCUUGUGUUAUGGACUUCGAUGCUUGGUGUGUAUGGUAAAAAUGGGCGUUAUAAGGAAGUGAUUGAUUUGUAUAGGGAAAUGUUGCAGGAAGGAAUCAAACCUGAUGGAAUCAUUUAA